AGCGCAGCGGAGGAACUAUGCGAGGACCAUAGGAGGUUUCCAACGCUCGAAUAUGGAUUUUAAUGAGCGGAUUUCUAGCUCGAAUAUGUAUUUACCAAGCUGCACUUACUAUGUCUCCGGAGCGGACUUCUCAGGUCUCCCACAUUAUUUAACCCAGAGCCAGUCCUCGUGCCCCAUGACCUACCCUUACCAGUCCUCAGCCCUGCCACAGGUCCCGUCCGUGAGAGAGGUGGCUUUCAGAGACUAUGGGAUUGAUACGUCCAAUAAAUGGCACCAUAGCAGAGGGAGCUUGUCACACUGCUACCCGGAGGACCUCGUGCACAGGGACGGCUGGACGAGCCCAACCUCUCGGGGGGGAGAGAUCCUGGUGAAAGGCAUCUCCGGCAGCGGCCACCCGGGCGCCUCCAACCCGACCCCCGGCUUCCACGGCAGCGUGGGAAGGAAUGGCGUCCUGCCGCAGGCGUUCGACCAGUUCUUCGACACCGCCUACGGGAGCGCGGAGAUCGCCGCCACGACGCCGACAGCACAGGCGGCGGCUGCGACGGCGGCGGGCUCGGACAGACACGCCGCCAAAACGAGCCCCGCUCCGGCUCAUCCGUGCUCGGACAUGGCGGAGAGCUGCAGCCCCAAGUCGUCCUCCGGCCACAGCGAGGAGAAACAGAGCAAAAGCAGCAGUGGCCAGAGGACGCGCAAAAAGAGAUGCCCCUAUUCAAAGUAUCAGAUCAGAGAACUGGAGAGGGAAUUCUUUUUCAGCGUUUACAUCAACAAAGAGAAGCGCAUGCAGCUCUCUCGGAUGCUCAACCUGACAGAUCGCCAGGUCAAAAUCUGGUUUCAGAACAGGAGGAUGAAGGAGAAGAAACUGAACAGAGACCGUUUACAGUACUACACCACGAACCCCCUGCUAUAAACACUGAACAAAGACUGUCGCUGACGUGCAGCCAUUCAGCCAGUCACCAAGACUAUACACUGCUGCAUAUUUUACAGGAUGGCAAAUUUUUAAUGUGCACACUUCAUAUCAAAUUUUAUAGUAUUUAUACACUAUUUUGUCAUUAAACACCGUUGAAAUUAUUAUUAUUAUUAAUUAUAACGAAUAUGGCUGUUAUUCAGCCUGCCCAAACAACCAACAGUUUUCCCAUGGUUAAAGUUACGUGGUUGCGUGGUGUGCUUAAGUGUCCGGAUUCAUUUUGUUUUAUUUAAUAAUAAACGGAUAUUACUGUACCGUCAUUUUUUAUUUUUUAUUUUCUUACAUUUUAUGGAUUCUAAAUGUGUUCAUAUUUACGCACGCAGGCUGUUAUCUUUACACCAAAACUACUGUCCGUGUAUUUUUCUCCAGUUUCUUGUAAUAUUUUAACUUUAUUGUACAAAUACA